UCUUCCUAGUUAUUUUGCCUGUGUAUGAGCACGUGUGCAUCUGUAUGUGAUCUUUCUCUUUCUCAGCUUUGUUGUCCCCCUUUGGCACUGGAGAGCUAGUGUGUGUGCUCGUGCGUGUGUGUAUGUGUGUGUGGGGGGGUCUCAGCAGUGCCAAAAAAGAUCUGCUGAAGAGUCCGAGGGAGGCAGGCAGGGCUAUUUUUGUUCGAAGCUGAUACUUUUUGCAUGAGUUGAAGUCGCCGCCUGGAAGAGGGCUCAGGUUGUUUCCGGGGGGAGAACUGUGCAGAAGAUACCCAAAGUUCAGCGAAGCCCCAAGAAGCAGCUAGAACAGCAAGGAAAAAACAGGGGCUCCCCACAAGUGAACAGUGUACCCUCUGGCUGGGCCAGCUCCAGGACCCUGAAGCAUUCUCCAGACUACCAUCUUAACAGCACCUUCUUAAAUUGACUAACACUCACCCCUGCCACCAUGACUGAAAUCACAGCAGAAGGUCACACAUCUACAACUACCACUGUAAUAGAUGGCAAAAAUGGAUCUGUGCCCAGGACGUCUGGAAAAAUGUUGAAAAGAUCAAUGACAGAAGAUAUUGUCACAACAUUCAGCUCUCCAGCUGCAUGGCUUCUGGUUAUUGCACUAAUCAUUACCUGGUCAGCUGUGGCUGUUGUCAUGUUUGAUCUAGUAGAUUACAAAAACUUUUCAGCAAGCUCUAUUUCCAAAAUUGGCUCUGACCCCCUAAAAUUCGUACAUGAUACUGUAGAAGAAACUACAGAUUGGAUCUAUGGAUUUUUUUCAUUGCUAUCUGAUAUCAUAUCUUUUGAUGGUGAUGAUGAUGACGAAGAUGAAGAUGAUGGAAUUGACAUCGAUGAAGGAGAAGAAGAGCCUCCAUUGAAAAAAAGUGAAAUUCACAAAGAGAAGGCUGAAAAACAGGAAAAACCUGAAAAGAAAAUAGCACCUAAAGUAACUCACAAAGAAAAACCAGAAAAGAAAGCAAGUCAUAAAGAUAAACCUGAAAAAAAAGAAAAAACAGAAAUGAGAACACUACCCAAAGAUGAGAAGAAGAGUAAAAGUUCAAAAGCUGAAGAAAAGAUUAAGAAGGAAGUAAAAAGUGGAAAAGCAGAGAAGGUGAAACAAGCUGAUGCCAAAGCAAAAAAAGUGGAGAAAACACCAGCUAAACCUAAAGGCAAAGAAGAAAAAGGAACUGCAGCUGUUUCCAAAAAUGAACAGAAAGAUCAGUUUGCAUUCUGUCGUUAUAUGAUUGACAUGUUUGCCCAAGGGGAUUUAAAACCAGGACAAAGUCCAGCAAUACCUCCUCCACUACCCAUUGGACAAGUUUCCCAACCUGAACCGGCACCAUCAGCUCUUGGAGGAAAAGAAGAAGAAAAGAAGAAAACUCCAGAGAAGAAAGUAACUUCUGAAACUAAGAAGGAAAAGGAAGAUGUCAAGAAGAAAACUUCUGAGAAGGAAGUGUUAGUUGAGAUUAAAAAAAAAGAGUCUGGGAAAGCUGCUGAAGCCAAACAAGGUACUACAAAAGGAGCCACACAAGCAACAUCUAAAAAAGAAGAAAAGAAAGAAGGUUCUAAGAUAACGAAGACAGCAGACGCAGAACGUUCCAAGGAAAAAAAACAAGAAAAAAAAGACAAACAUGUGGAACCAGCAAAAUCAACAAAAAAAGAAGCUUCUGCUCUAAGUGAAAAACAAGUGAAAUCAAAAACUGAGCGAAGCAAAGCAGAGGUUGCUGCUGCCUCAACAAAAAAAGCAACCACAGGAAAGAAGGAAGAGAAAUCAACCAAAGCAGCUGAGCAAGGAGCUUCAAAAGAAAAAGCUGGGAAGACUAUUUCAGGCUUGAAAGAAAAAGAGCCUAGUAAAAGGAAAGAAGAAAAGGCUAUAAUAUCCCUAAAGGACAAAGAAGACCCUGCUAAGAAAGAAGAAAAGCCCACAAGAUCAGUUAUACAAAAAGAAGAAAAACCAACAAAAUCAGUUACACAGAAAGAAGAAAAAUCAACCAAACCAGGUACACAGAAAGAAGAAAAACCAGCAAAACCAGAUAUACAGAAAGAAGAAAAACCAGCCAAAUCAGGUACACAGAAAGAAGAAAAAUCAGCAAAACCAGCUGCUCCAGACAACACUCAAACAUACAUAUCCCAAGCUAAGAAAGAAGAACUAACAACAAAACCAGAUGCUGCAGACAAGACUCAAAUACACAAACCUAAGCCCAAGAAAGAAGAAAAACCCACAAAACCAGAACACAAUACUAUGAAACUAGAAAAGUCUGUUUCUCGAUCUAAACCAGAGGAAAAAAUUAUCAAGCAAGUAAAAACUGCUACCAUUGACAAAACAGAACAAACUGAACAUCAAAUAAAAGAAAUCCCAACUGCUAAAGCAGACAAGAAAAAAAUAGAAAAACCUGAAAAGGAAAGCAAAGAAAAAAUAGCUCCAAAGAAGCAACUGAAAGACCAUAAAGACACAACAGGAAAAGAAAAUCUUCUGUCUCACAAUGUGACAAGAGAAAAAACAACCCAUACGUUGAAAGCAAUAAAAGACUUUGAUGAAGUGCCAUCUUCAAAGAAAGUCAAGGAGGAAACUGAAGACGUGACAUCCAUGAAGAAAGAAAAAACUCCCAUCAGUUUCUUCCAGUGUGUCUACUUGGAUGGAUAUAACGGAUAUGGAUUCCAAUUUCCUGUUACACCAGCACACCAGUCUGGGAGCUCCAGUCACUCAAAGUCACCAGAACAGAAGCAACAAGGGCAAUAGGCAUGCAUGUAUGGUCCAAGAUUCUGAAUGUUAGAUCUGCCCUAGUGACUCAUUGGAUCAUUUGUAUUAGCAAACAUAUUAUUUCUUCAUCUGGUACUAUGAGAGAAUGUGGACAAAGUGAUUGAAAAACAAAAUGGGCAUAUUGAAGCACCUCAUGUCAAAACCAGUGCUCAAAGAGCUCCUAAAAACUAGCAAUUGUUAAACUGUGUGAUUUUUGUCAUUACUGUGUGUGCAUUUAAUUGCCUGUACAAUUCCACUUUCUUUUUUCCUAGAGUACAGGUUUUCUUGUAACAUGGACAAUUUUUCAAUCCUGUGUAAAACUAAGCUUUGAGUCACUCAGUAAUAGCUUAAUGUUGUUUACACAUACUUGCAUUUAACUUGUGGCCACAGAAUCAGGCCAUUUUUACCAUAUCAUUUUGUUUUAGAUUCUCAUGGCCUUCCUUCAGUGCUCAAAAAAAGUAAAAUAUGCCAUAUAAUACAAUCCAAUACACAUUCAUCAAACAUCUAUUGUAUGCUAUGAGCACUAUGCUAGGUACUGAGGAUACAGAGACAAAUAUGAAACAGUCCUUGCCCACAAGGAGUUUACAUUCUACUGUCUAAUAAACAUAUUUACAGUUUAAAUAAUACCAUAUUCACCAGCAGCACUGCACAAUUCAUUUGGACAGUUCUGGUGGAUUGUUUGUUUACUAUUUUUAGGCCAACAUAGCGUGACAUUUCCAGACAUCUCCAGACAGCAUUAUAUAACCAAUAAUAUAAAAAUGCCAACUGGAAGAAACUUCAUAAUAAUUACUGAGAACAGUUAAUAUAUAGACAAACAUUUUCAUUCACUUUGAUAAAUCCUUUCUGAGGAGGUUGAGUUUUCUCUCUCAAAGUAGAAUUAUACGAAUGUCAACUAAGAUGGAGGAAGGCACUUCAGAUGGAAGUGCUACUCCCAGAACAUUUUAUUUUUUUCUAGAUAGUCAAUCUAAAUUAAUACUAGGGAAAGGGAUGACACAACUUUGAAAUCCAUGAAAGUGUUUCACUGAAAAUGGGAUGUUGUUAGUUGUGCUCCCUUUUGGCCUCCCUAGAGCUAUUAAUACCAAUGUUUUUGACCACAUUUCUCCAUGGACUCUAAAAUCCAUAUAGCUUUGACCUUCAAAACACUUAAGGUUCUUAUCUGGUUUAUGAAAAAGCAACUCAGAAAAUAGAGUUAUUCUUGCUAUACCUUAACUUCAUUUCAAAGGUUUGGGACAGAGAGAUUCAACACUAACUUAAAGAAAUCAUUGAUUUUCAUGGGAUGCGGAUGGGAUCCUAACCAAUAGGUUAGGAAACUAAAGAUUAGUUUACAAGGAAGUCCUAAAGCAGGCUCUUAUUCAUUGCUAUGAAUAAUUAUUCUGUGAAUAAUUUGAUGGUCUUAGACCAUAUGAUAAUGUCACUCUUGCAACUGUCCCAAAUGUCACAUUUGCAACUAAUCAAUCUUUAUUAUACUCCUUAUAGUGGGACCCAGCUUAGGUCAAUUCAAAACUAAGUUGACUUACUCAUUAAAGGAUAGUCACUUUCUCUAAGGUUGAGUUGAAGUAUAUGGAUGGGGAAAUGUGUGAUGUUUACUUUGUAAACACUUGUUCCAUACCUAUUUCAUGGAUGAAGAGAAGAAUUUAUAGCUAAUUUUAUAGUAUUAUAAUCUCUAAGACUUUGUAAAACAGCAUGGGCUAGUGAAUAAAAGGGAUUAGAUUCUCUUUUCAAUGCUGCCUGAGAUAAACCACUCAAAUUCCCUACCUCAUUCAUCAGUCUAUAAAAUGGGGGACAAAAAAUGUUGCCAUGAUAUUCCCCCAGAGAGGUUACAAUUAAUAUGCUGAAAUAUUUGCAAAGUACUUUGACUAUAUGAAAGGAGAACUCAUUAUAAUAAAAAUUCAAAAUAUC